AUGAAGGACCAAGAAGUCGUUGGAAACUCGGUCAAAUUGUCAAAUUACAUGUGGGACCCGGAUGAUGUCUUGCGCGUGGUUUACUUUAAAAACCCACAAGGUCAAGUGAUGAGACCUGUUGUCAAGCUAUAUCCUUUAGAAUUAUGCCGACACGGAGGGUCCACUACCCGACGAGAAGGGGCGCGGUGGGGGCGUCAGCAGGGCGGUCAGCAGGGGCGGGGCGGCAGCAGGGGCGUAGGGGCAGGCGGCAGCAGGGGCGGCGAGCAGGGGCGGCAGCAGGGGCGGCAGCAGGGCGUCAGCAGCAGGGGCGUCGGCAGCAGGGGCGGCGGCAGCAAGGGGCGGUCAUGA